AUGCUGCGGCUGGUGGCGGCCGCCGCCGCGCGUCUUGUGCCGCCGGCCGGGCCCUGCCUCGCCGCGCCGGGACCACCCUUGGGCCGCGGGCUCCUGUGCUGCCGGGGCCGAGGGGCGGCCGCGGGGGGCGGCUCGGCCGGCGGCCGGCAGCUCCCGGCUCUGAAGACGCCCAAGGGCACCCGCGACCACUCUCCCGCACACGUGGUGCUGCGUGCCCGGCUCCUCGCCGCCGCGGAGCGCUGCUUCAAACGGCACGGCGCGGCCGCCAUCGACACGCCCGUGCUGGAACUAAGGGACAUGCUGGUGGGCAAGUACGGGGAGGGGGCGAAGCUCAUCUACGAGCUGCAGGACCAGGGCGGGGAGCUGCUGGCCCUGCGCUACGACCUCACCGUGCCGUUCGCUCGCUAUCUGGCCAUGAACAAGAUCACCAACAUCAAGCGGUACCACAUUGCCAAGGUCUACAGGAGGGACAACCCAGCCAUGACCAGGGGCCGCUACAGGGAGUUCUACCAGUGUGACUUUGACAUUGCUGGGCAGUUUGACCCGAUGAUCCCCGAUGCCGAGUGCCUGAAGGUCAUGCACGAGAUCCUGAGCGACCUCCAGCUUGGGGAUUUCCUUAUCAAGGUCAACGACCGGCGGGUUCUGGAAGGGGUGUUUGCCAUCUGUGGGGUGCCAGACAGUUACUUCCUGGCCGUGUGCUCGGCUGUGGACAAGCUGGACAAGAUGCCGUGGGAAGAAGUGAGGAGCGAGAUGGUGGGAGAGAAGGGGCUCUCUCCUGAGGCUGCAGAUCACAUCGGGGAGUACGUCCAGCUGCACGGUGGCCUGGAGCUGGUCGAGCGGCUUCUGCAGGACCCCAAGCUGUCCCAGAACAAGCAGGCCAAGGAGGGGCUGGGAGACAUGAAGCUGCUGUUUGAGUACCUGAGCCUGUUUGGCAUCGGCGGGCAGGUCUCCUUCGACCUGAGCCUGGCGCGGGGCCUGGACUAUUACACCGGGGUGAUCUUCGAGGCCGUGCUGGUGCAGCAGGAGAAGGGCCCCGGGGAGGAGGCGGCCGGCACGGGCAGCGUGGCUGGGGGCGGCCGCUACGACGGGCUGGUGGGGAUGUUUGACCCCAAGGGCCGGCGGGUGCCGUGCGUGGGGGUCAGCAUCGGCAUCGAGCGCAUCUUCUCCAUCCUCGAGCACAGGCUGCGGGCUUCUGGGGAGAAGAUUCGAACGACUGAGACACAAGUGCUGGUGGCUACACCUCACAAACACCUGCUGCCCGCGAGGCUGAAGCUCGUGUCUGAGCUGUGGGACGCAGGGAUCAAGGCAGAGAUUGUGUACAAGAAGGACCCGAAACUGCUGAAGCAGCUGCAGUAUUGUGAGGACACGGGGAUUCCCCUGGCUGCCAUCAUCGGCGAGCAAGAGCUGAGGGACGCAGUUGUCAAGCUGCGAGACGUUCCAACGAGGCAGGAGGUUGAUAUCCCAAGAGAAAAGCUCAUUGAUGAGAUCAGAAGAAGACUAGAGCCCUAGGACUUUUCUGGCCAGAGCUGCUGGGCUGAACUCUACCACCCUCAGCAGCAAUUCACUUCCCACUCACAUCUGGUCACCCUCUACUCGCCUGCGGCUCAUCUGCCUGGGCUGAGGCAGCGCCAGCACGGGGUCUCUGCUGGGCAAGGAGUGAGCAGGUUGGAGCAGUGCCAUUGCUCCCAGGGACAGGCAGCCUCAGGGUUCCCCCUGUGCCAUUGCUCCCAGGGACAGCCCCGGCCAUGGCUGUGGACGCAGAGGGCCGUGCCGCAGCUCGGGCAGGAUGCGGCUGAGCUCCGGAGCGGGUGUGAGGGGGCAGCUGGGGCCUGUGGGUGGGCACAGGCUGCAGGCAGAGGGAUGGGGGGCAGCAGGGAUCCCCCCACCACCAUCCCCAGGGCUGCAAGGCCCCUCGGGCAGGGCUGGGGCUGGCGGGGGCUGCAGCUGGAACACCAGAGGAACGGUGGCUUUUUACUUAUUAAAAAACAAAACGAAACCAAAAUGACCCAAAUGCACAAAAAACCCACCCUCGGGGCUUUGAGGGGAAGGGGCACGAGGGAGCAUCUUCCUUAUGAGCAGAGGCUGCGGGCACUGGGGCUGUUCAGGCUGGAGAGGACUGAGGUGGGAUCUCGUCGAUAGCUACAAAUAUCUAAGUGAUGAGUGUCAGAGGCUGGGGCAGCACUUUGUGCUGUUGUAUCUGGUGACAGGACAAAGGGUAAUGGACAGAAGCUGGAACAUUAAAAAUUCUUAAACACAAGGAGGGAUGAGCUGGAAGGUACCCAACUCUGUCCUGAAACACCUUCAGCCCUGGUGCUCACCAAAACCCACUUUUAGACCCCCUGGGCACACUGAGGCACUUGACACCCCAGAGUAGAGCACAGAAACUGCUGUGAUGUGCCCAGGAGCACCCAAAGGCAAAGACCAGUGCAGGUGUCACAAAGAGGGGCCUGGGGGAACCCCACGUCUCCUGAGCUGAGGCACAAAAUCCCUGCUGAGGAGCCACAAAGCUCAGGGGCCAUGGACUGCUGCUGCCCAGAGGCCAACUCUGCUUCUGUGGGGCUGCAGCUGGGAGGUACAGGGGAGCUGAGGCAGGAGCACGGGGCCAGGCUUUGUUCUGUAGUGCCCAGCGGUGAUGGGCACAAGCUGGAGCACAAGUUCCCCUUGAGCACGAGGAGAAAGUCCUUUGGUGCUGAGGUGAGGGAGCCCUGGCCCAGGCUGCCCAGGGAGGGUGUGGAGGCUCCUUCCUGGGAGGUUCCCAACCCCACCUGGACACGAUCCUGUGCCCCCUGAGCCAGGGGAACCUGCUUGAGCAGGCGCUGUGGCUGCAGCAGCUCUGCAGGGCCCUGGCAGCCCCCACCAUCUGGGAUCCUGUGCGGAGGGAACAGCUGAGGGCGGCGGGGAGCUGAGGCCGGAAGGAGGGAGGAGCGCUGAG